CUCUAGGACAGAAAGCCUUCUCCCUCGCUAGACUUGACUGCAGACUCGAGCAAUGCUUCAAGCCAGCUCAUAGCACAGCCUUAAAGCGACAGAGCACAGGCCCAAGUGACAUAGCCCAAACACUGAACCUGUCGAUUUACAUCCCUCCACCCGGAUAACACACAAUACGACUCGUUCCUUCUCCCCUCAAGGAACGAAGAGCCAGCGGAAGCAUAGUGAUCCUGUGCAGCAGUGGUAGCUGAUUAGUGGACCACUGUGACAUAGCCACCGUCCUUUCUCUAGGCGUGCGGCUUUUGCAUGGGACGAAGCUUAAGUAUUACGGGCACCCCUCCCCGAGGUAGGAACGACUCGUCCUCUCGAUGAUCGUCCGCAGCAAUCCGCAGCACUUGACUGUGGUAUUGUCUCAGCCUAUUCUACACGGCAACUUCGACAUUCUGUCGAUGUCAAUGCGGGACCUGCUACGCUCUCAAUGUCUACUCUAGACUUCGUCUCUAAAACUACUCUGGGUCUCUUGGUAACCUUGCUCGUCUUAUACUGCUCCUUAUACUUUGAACAUCUUUCAUACGUGGAAAUUUCAGACGUAUCUGAGCCAUGAUAACAACUCGCUGCUAGCCUCGCGAUAGUCUUCUAGCAAACUGGCGGUCAUCAGUCCCUUCAACCAAAAACUUCGAAUAUAGUGGAAUACGCCGUGGCUGUGCCGAUUGUGUGCAUGAAACCUGGAACACACGGCUUGCAAUGACCGCACCAUGGGUCCCUGGAGAUGGAGAGCACCUGUCGAUUUUUCCGAAUCUAUAAGCACAGCAUUGCUCGAUCUACGGUAUAUAAAAAGGUCAGCCAGGACUUCCUAGAACCUAACUAUCUCAUCGAAACAGCCCUUUCGCCUCGCAAUCGACUUUUUCUUCGUAGCCUCUUUCACCUCCUAGCGCCAUGCACGCCAAAUCUGCCGCCGUCACUCUCGUCCUCGCUCUCGGCGCGUUCGCGCAGACUGAGUCCUCGGCGUUCACGUCCUCGUACUCGACCGUGACGGAGUCGUCCUCUGGCCCCGCAGGACCGUCCUCCACCUUCUUGUCGUCCUACAGCACCGACACCGUGACUUCAGGCUCCUCCUUCUCGUCGUUCACCGGGACCGGAACAGACACUCCCACUUCAACCCUGGAGUCCACGGUGGUCUCCACGUCUUCUUCCAUCAGCAGCUCCGUCUCUCUCCCCAGCUCCAGCGUCAGCUUGUCGUCCAGCGUCUCGAGCAGAUCCGGCGCCGGGUCGGGCGGGUCCCCCUCGCCGUCCACUACCGGCGGCAGCAACGGUGCUGUUGGCCUCGUCGGCCAGCACGGCCUCGUGGGCGUCAGCGUCGCGUCGCUCGGUGCCCUCUUGGGUGCCUCGUUCAUCUUCUGAGCGAUGCAGCGACCCCUCGAGCGAGGUGGAUAGAAUAGAGUGAUAUACGGUUCGGCGGCGAUUCUGAAUAGUAGACGUCGACGGUUGGACUUUCUUAUAAUUCCUUUCUUCAUAGGCGGUUUAUGUGUUUCGAGAAUACUUUGUGCUCCUGCGAUGGCGAACUUGUGGACUCUGGGGUAGAUUUUGGCUGGAUGUGUUAAGAACAGUUCAUGGAUAUGGAUUAUAUUGUGCGGCAUGCCAGCUGUUUUCUCUGUGAAUCAUGGCUACACACGCGUUGUAGGGGUUUCCCCCUUGAGAUGGAACGGACAGGAUUUAGACCGACUAGG